AUGGCAAGUCAAGCUGAUACAUGGUUCUUGAAUUUCGCACUCUUCGAAUAUGAUCCAACCGCCAGCAUCAGGAGUAACUUCGACCGACUAUCAUCACAGCGCAAGUGGGGCGAGAAGCUUCGAAGGAAGCACUGGACCAACUGCCAGGCAGCUUCAGCAGCCCUGAACCAUGCUAACAUGGAUAAAGACGCCCAUGGCCAAAUCCCAAGCCAGGCUGGUACAUGGUUCCAGAAGUUCCCACCCUUCGCAUAUGACCCAAUCGCCGGAAUCAGGAGCAAUUUCGAGCGCCUAGCAGCACAGCGCAACUGGCUUGGAAAGUCUGCAAGAAAGCGCUGGGCUGAAUGUCAGGCGGAAGAGUUCGGUUAUGCAUAUGGAACGGAUACGACGAAGCUAGACAUUUGGCAGAAUCUCUGUCGUGAGAUGCUUGGUAGCCGGAACGUCUUGGUCAAUCUAGUCAACCUCAUCGAUCAUCGUAACAUCGGUGUUGAGGUCAUCCGAUUCAAGAGCUGCUACAAGUUCCGAGAAUAUACAUUGGGACGCCAUACGUCGGACAACGCUGUUGAAGGAAGUGCCGCGGUUCCGUGCACUAUCGACAGCGCACCCGCAAGAUGGCGCCCCGAACCCGCGCUAAAGGAGGCGUUUCCAUCGUACCCGAAGCCUGGUUCUUUUAAUGAAGGUCAUGACUACUUCGCACAAAAGGAAUUUCAUGGAUUCGUUUCGAACCCUGAAGACAAUCUGAUAGCCAAACUAAACAAGCUCUCCAUUCAUCAAGGUUGGUCCAAGAACGAGGAGAAGCGACGUCGCGCCGAGGUCGUUGAGUUUGAGAUGUUACGAUACUACAGCCCCGACAAGUCGAACCUAGCAAAGUGGCAGGAACUGUGUCACGAUGUCAAGAUCGAUCCUAUACCACCGUCUGUGACACAGUGCACGAAGGCCUUUUCACGCGUCUAUGUCAACAUCUUCAAUACCCUGGAUCAUCGGAACGAUCCGGUGCAUUAUCUGGUCGUUUUAUUCGAGAACUACAAGCUUUUCCGCGCAUACAUCCUCAAGCGUCGUAUGUUCCUUUUGGACCAAGCGAAAGAGGAAGGGUUCGGUAAGGCUCUUCUUCGUCCGCUCUUCAUGAACAAAACGAAGUAG